AUGCUGCUCUCUCUGCUGGUCACCCUCCCAGUCGCCCUUGCAGGCGUGAUCGUUCGCGACACUACUACAUCCGAGAACGCGACCACGGCGACAACCACCAAGGAGUCCUCGACCAAGGCGACGUCGACAAAGGUCAAGACCACGUCCACCUCGGCAGUCACCACCAUCUCCAACUCGACCACAACCGUUACCAGCGGAACGGUCACCGCGAGCGGGACAGUGUCCACGUCCAGCAGCGACUCGUCCCUGUCCCGUCUUGCCCCCCUCUUGCAGCUCGCGUACAGCGACACCCUGGCGUUGGGCAACAACAACUUCUCCCUCCCCAACAACAACUCGUACUGGGUGUUUGGCGGCUACAACACUAUCGAGCUGGGCGUCCCCGUCGACCUCACCACUGCCUACGUUGCCAUCUCGGGUCCCGUGGGCGGCGUGCCCAAGUUCCUUGUCGGUGGAACAUUCUUCCAGGCGGCAACGACCAACGAGUUCAGCUUUGGCGGCUCGCCUACUGGAGUCGGUACCGGACCCAACUUCCAGGCCUGGCUGGCCAACACGACCUGCCUGAUCAAGACCAACAACCCCGUCCAAGAGUGCAUCUGGGCUGCUUCCGAACUGUUCGCGUUCAAGGCCAAGGGAACCCCUGCCUACAGCGCAGCAAACGCAUCGACCAACGCCACUGCGACACCGAGCGCAAACGUCGCCAGCUCCGCGACAGGCCAGAGCUCGUCCGGCGUCGUCCUGGCUCUGCUGUUCGGGCUGGUCGCGAUCGCCAUGGCGGCGUGA